AUGGGUCUUCGUAUAAAUAAAUCUAAUGAAAAUUUCGAUAAUAAUAGUAAUAAUAAUAAUAAUAAUGAUGAUGAUAUUGAUGGUUAUAGUGAUACAAGUGAUGAUGCAAUAAUUGAAGUUCAACAAUGUGUUGUUCAUAUUGAUACAGGACAUAUACAAUUACCUGAUGAUAUGCCACAUUUUCCUGAUCAUUCUUUAAUUCAAAGUAAUGAGGAUUGGACACAUGUUGAUGAUCAACAUAGAACAAUAGAAACACAUGAUGAACAAAGUCAAGCAUUAUCAAGACUUGUAGCUAUUGAUAAACGUACUGGAAUUAUUAUUAAUAAUAAUGAAGAUGAAAAUAGGUUAUUUUAA